UGCUAAGCCUAACCUCACUCCAAGACAGCCACACAAGCUAGACUAUCUCCUCAGUAGUAUUACCAGAGCCUCCCAGUUAGCAAUGGCGAAGUGUCUCGCCGCCGCGCUCCUGCUACUGGCGGUGCUCGCGUCCUGCGACGGGAGGGAGCUGAACGAGAAGGUUGCAGCGACACGCGGUGCCGGCGUCGGCGAGUCCAAGGCGAUGGGGUUGCCGGACUUGCCAGCUGUGACUCUCCCCACGGCCCCGACGCUCCCGACGCUCCCCACGGCCCCGACGCUGCCCACACUCCCGACGCUCCCGACGCUCCCCACACUCCCGACGCUCCCGACGCUCCCGCUGGUGGGAGCCAUUACCGGUACCAGUACAAUUACCGGCCCGGCGGUGGCGCUUCCGGCGAUCCCUGCUCACCCUUGAUUAUCUCUCUACCUGUACGCACUGUCCGGAGGGAAAAACAUCGGCGUUGCGCUCAUGUCCAUGUUCCUUCCUUGAUGAGCGUCUGUAACUCUGUAUUUAUCUUCAGUUAAUGUUCUUGUAUUUUUCGUUCCUUGAUGUGCUACAUGUAUCAUGGACGUAAUAAAUACUUACUUCAUCA